AUGUGCAACAUGCGGCUUUCGAGCUUCAGGAUAUUGUCAGUCUUACUUGGCUACUUACUAGCACAAUCGAAGGCCUAUCCCAUGCAAGGUUGGCCUAUGUAUCCACAAACUUCCCGGGAAUACCCGGAUGAUGAAUAUUAUUACACACCAAAAGUUCAGUAUAUUUAUGACGCCCCAGCGAUGAGUGUACCAGAUAUGCAUGCUCAAGUACCAUACCCAUACAUCUACGAUCCAUAUGGCCACUUCAUACCAAACGAAGCACCUAAGAGACAGGAAGACAGAAUAGCAGCUUUACCAAUUGGACAAGAGACCUGGUUUGAGAGUGACACCACGCCCCGCUGGCAACCCAAUGAUGUUGAUGACGUCAAUGCAGCGUUUCUUGACAAUCUAAUUCUUACUCAGAUGGCUCAAGACGCGCAACGACGGCGGGAGAAUGCUCGUGCAGCUUUCCCGCCUGUUGAUUACGAGGAACACGAUGUCGAGGACGAAGAUGUCCGCGAGCUGAAAGCCUUAGCGGGACAGCCUCUUUAUCAUGUACCUAAAACUGUACCUAGAUAUGAUGAAGAUGAUUAUGCGUCUGAUGAUGGAUUUAUUAACUGGAAUGGAAAUAAGAGAAGUGUCAAAGCGACGACGGCUGCCCCAGUUAUUAGCACUGUAGCCCCUAAGGCUGGUGAAAAGGAAGUUGUGAUGCCACGACCUGCGCAAAGCUCAUACUCACAUGGACAUCAAAAAAGUCAAAUGAAACGUAACAACAAUGCAUUCUACGACACCAUUACACACUAUUUUGCCAACAAAUCACCAAAAACGAAUUCACAAAAUGCCGCAAACGGACGAAGAAUUGAUAAGCGUUUUGUAGCAGAUGACUCCGACCUUGUCGUGGAACUUCGAGGCCUAAAACACCGCAUUGCCACUUAA